AUGGACCCCCCGUCGCAGUCGCUGGCGCCGCCAGCACUCACGACGCUUCGCACACUCGACUCCACCCUCAUGAGCCGAUCCCUGAGCCAGGACAUUCGAAACGAGAGAGAGGAACUGGAAGAAGCCGCUGCCCAGACCCUCAAUGUCAUUGUCGACCUCAAUCUCGACGGCACCAUCAAGUGGGUGAGUCCCUCGUGGAACGACGUGGUCGGUACACCCUACGACUCCCUCGAGAGCACCCCCCUCUCCGACCUCAUCGUCAGCGACAACAAGACUGCCUUUACCGAUAUUGUCGAGUCCAUGAAAGGGGACGACUCAAAGAGCCACCGUGUCAGAUUUGCCAUGCGUUUGGGUCCUCUGUCCAAGCUACGUCUCAACCAACCCGCCGAGCAUGCCACGCCAGACGAACCCGACCAGGAAUUACGCCAACAAGAACCAGCACCCACCGAAGAACCGGAUGAAUUUGCCCAACUUGAAGCCCAAGGCAUUAUGGUCUAUGACAGUGCUUCUGGAGGCGAGAGUCACACUAUGUGGAUGAUACGUCCGUGGACGCCGCCGCAAGAAAUCCAAAUCGACCUGCCCGACGUCAUUGUAGACUCCCUCGGCUCAGGUGCCGAGGUGCUGGCUGGCUACCUUACCAAGCUCGCCGAGUCGGUCGAAGAGGACUCGGAGCCCCUCGAGCCCCCUCCGCCCGUCCUCUGUCGAAUCUGCGAGCGUCAAAUCCCUCCAUGGUGGUUUGAAAAGCAUACCGAUCUCUGUCUCCAAGAGCACCGGGCCGAGAUGGAUGUGCAGCUGGCGCAAGAGAGCCUCAAUGAGCACCGUCAUGCUAUUGUCAAAGUGCUAGAUGCUCUCGAGACUCGUCAGAGCCGACUGCUCGAACCACAAUUAACACCGCUUGCAAAUUACAAGGGACUCCCCAUUGGACCGCCCCCGUCCACACAAUCAUCGCCAAGCACCUCACUCGCUCGCUCUCGAGAUCGCACCAGUGGCUUUGGACACUCUAGAGGACGCUCCUUUGCCAUUCGACGACCUCAGGCAAGAAUUGUCGAGCUUUUGAUGGACCUGUGCGACACUGCUCUCGAAAUUAGCAACCCCACCAUCAAAGAACACUCGACGCACCUCAACGACGGCGAAAUUCGAACGCAAUCCCCCCAAUCCGAGUCUCGAAUAUCACAAGUACUGCAAUGGCAGUCUCCGAGUACCAAUACUCUCGAUCAAGAGCAGGGCCUCGCUCUCUUGUGUGCUGACACGGAAAAGGCUGCCCGCGCCAAGGUUGACGCCAUCUUCCGCCAUCGCAAAAUCCUCGAGUACUCUGAACGUAUCCGCAUUGAACUUUCCUGCCUUGUUCAAGACUGCGUCGAGGAGGCCAUGAGAAAGGCCGCCCGUAUUGCCGCGGGCCAGCUUACAGACUCCAGUAUCGACGACACUGAUGACCAGCAGCAGCCCGAUGUAGUUGAAGAACGGGAACCCAUCGAGUCUGAAAGUAAAAGCGUCAUUUCAGACUCACGGUCUCGAGGCCGAUCCGAGGCCGGCUCUUCCGGCCAUCUCGUCACUAGUCCAUCAGCACUCGCAGCCGCCUUACGUCAAGUGAACUUAUCGGCUGCUAUACACGGCGGUUCCAGGCCAAGCUCUGUCGUUGGGUCCACCGGCUCUGCCAGCCCGAAGGAGUGCCUCACGCCGAGAUCAUACGUCGGAGCUUCGGCCUAUUCUCGAGAUGGCCGACGGGGCUCGUCUCUUUGGCUGGAAAGUGACCCCGGUGACCCCGAUGAUAACUUUCGAUCGCUCUCUGUAUCGAGAAACAUGCCGAGAACCGACUCACCGAUGUCUGAAUUCGGCGAUCUUAGACGUGCUGCCAGUGCCCGCCAACACCAGAGACGAAGCCUCGUCAUUCCCGGCGCUACAUCUCCUCGCCGCCAAGAAUCGCCAUCCCGUGGUGCCACUCAGCCUUCCUCGCCGCUGAGGAUCAGGCCCCGCAUCAUUCCCGGCUCACACGAUGUCAUGGUCUCUCCGGAAGCGUCACCUAUGUUUCCCAGCAGCGAGUUUAGUUCCCCCAUUGGUCACCCUACACGACACCAUAGGCGACAAUCUUCGGCUGCUAUUUCCGACUUCGUCAUGCGACCACCGCCGUCUCCGCGCCUGGGUGCUAGCCAGGCACCGCCCCAAGCACGAUCCAAUCAACCUUCCAUCAAAGAUUUUGAAAUCAUCAAGCCCAUCAGCAAGGGCGCGUUCGGAAGUGUUUACCUCUCCAAGAAAAAGUCUACCGGAGAGUACUUUGCUAUCAAGGUGCUCAAAAAGGCAGACAUGGUUGCCAAGAAUCAGGUUGGCAACGUCAAGGCGGAGAGAGCCAUUAUGAUGUGGCAGGGUCAGAGCGAAUUCGUCGCAAAGCUCUACUGGACUUUUUCUAGCAAAGACUACCUCUAUCUUGUCAUGGAGUACCUCAACGGCGGUGACUGUGCCGCGCUGAUCAAGGUGCUAGGCGGUCUUCCAGAGGAAUGGGUACAAAAGUAUCUCGCCGAAGUCAUUCUCGGUGUCAAGCACCUUCACGAGCGUGGUAUUAUUCACCGUGACCUGAAGCCGGACAACUUGCUCAUUGACCAAAAAGGUCAUUUAAAACUCACCGAUUUCGGUCUCUCCCGAAUGGGCCUGGUUGGCCGUCAGAAACGAGCGUUGAACAGCGAAACAAGUGAGGCCACGCCCGAUCUCCUCAAACAAGGACCUUUUGUUCGAUCUACAUCUAUGGCUUCCUCACGCUCCACGUCGCUGGACCUUCAGGGCCAUGCUCAUUCCCCGGCUAUGACUCCUCAGAUGACCCCAGAUGUUGGCAGCAUGUCCCAGCCGUCAUAUUUUAGCCUAGGUCAGCUGACUGAGCCUCGACGAACUUCAGGCGGACGACGAAGCGAUAGCGGUGGUAGUGAAUCCCUUUCGCAGAUGUUAUCCAACUUUUCGCUCAACGACUCGGAUCCUGGGGCACUGCACCUGAUGGCGUCCAAGUCACCCGUCGACGACGACGCCAUGUAUCACGGGUCGCCCGAUAUACCAGGUAGUCUGCCUAGUACUAGAGCCAGCCUUGACACCCACAUCCGGAAUCCGUCGCUCCCACAGACCAUGAUGCCACCGCCCAUGGCGCUUUUCGACCCCCAAGAUACGAACAGACGAUUCGUUGGUACGCCCGACUACCUUGCACCAGAGACCAUCAACGGUGACAAACAGGACGAAACGUCAGAUUGGUGGUCCGUCGGCUGCAUCCUGUUCGAGUUUCUCUUUGGAGUUCCCCCUUUCCAUGCUAGCGAGGCCGAGCAGGUGUUUGAAAAUAUCCUGGCGCGUAAAAUUCAAUGGCCCGAUGAAUCAGUCUUGGAGACUGUAUCGGAGGAGGCCAAAGAUCUCAUCAACAAGCUGCUUUGCAUCGAUCCUCACCAGCGUCUAGGCUCCAACCGCGAGGAAAAGUAUGCGUGCGGAGGCGAUGAAAUUUGCCAACAUGCCUUCUUUACAGGCCUCACUUGGGAUACCCUUCUCGAAGAUGAGGCGCAGUUUGUGCCCCAGCCCGAAAACCCCGAAGAUACCGAAUAUUUUGACGCUCGAGGAGCUGUCCUACAGUCUUUUGCCGAAGAGAUGGAAGACCAGAUGUCGCCCCAGUCAGCCUCUGGAUCCGACUACCCAGACCGACCACAUGAUGCUCUGUCGCGUGUCAGGUCCCAAGUUAACUCGAUGAACCGCAAACUGGUGCCUCUACACAUUCCGCCUCAUGUGCGAGAUAUGAAGUCUAGACGUCUCAGCGAGCCAGUGGUUUCCGACGACUUUGGCAACUUUUCCUUCAAGAAUUUACCAGUGCUCGAAAAGGCCAACAAGGAUGUUAUCCAAAAGCUGCGCGCCGAGGCGUUGGCGGCCCAAAACAAGCAGUCCUCGAGCAGUAGUUCUGCGGGAAUCGGAUCUCCAGCACCCUCGUUGGAGGGCAGCCCAGUCCUCGCAAACCACUUGCAGAGAACGCUGUCCAACGCCAAGGGCAGCAACCGCCCGCAAUCCCCGUCUGGAUAUAGCCACGCGACCUCGUCCCCCAGCCGGGCAUCGCAGCCCUCCUCGCCACUACUCGUGUCAUUUGUAGCUGGCGGUGCAGAGGGCCGCCGGAAAGCUUCGAGCAACGGGUCCAGCCUCUCCCACCAAUCGUCCAACUUGCAGCCGCAUGCGCCACCCAUUGACAUUCCGAAAGGGCCACCCACCCUACAAAAGGCGAUCACGACUAUUGGCGUAUCACCUGUCAAGGGCAAGCCGACACCUCAGCAGCUAGCCAUUUCGCCCCAGAAGCUCUCCACGCCACGCAGCGCUGGGCGAUCUCGCUCACUUACAGUUGGCUCUGCCGAAUCAAGCCCCGUGGCUACCGACAUGCUCCACCAGCACCAUCGCAAUCGCCGAAGCCAGGUCUUUGACAUGUCGCCCUCUUCCUCCGACAAUGAAGGAGACAGGCACAAUGCCCUGCUGCGCGUGCAGAGACGCCGACAAAGCUCCCGCCGCCUUUCCCAAAUCGCGUUUGAUGGUGGCACGCCCACGUUUAGACCACUAGAUGUGCUCAUCUGCGAAGACCAUCCCGUAUCCAGGAUGGUCAUGGAGAAGCUGCUUGAGAAGCUCCGCUGCCGUACCAUUUCCGUCUCCAACGGCUCCGAAGCUGUGCGAUAUUCCAUGAGCGAAAUCAAGUUUGACGUUAUUUUCCUGGAGUAUAGGUUACCCCAGAUUAAUGGCGCCGACGUCGCCAGGAUGAUCCGCGAGACCAAGAACACCAACGCGCAUACCCCCAUUGUUGCCAUCACGUCUUACUUGAAGGAGCUGCAGGCUCCUCACUACUUUGAUUCGCUGAUCGAGAAGCCUAUUAGCUCCUCAAAGUUGGGCGAAGUGCUCCGCGGACUUUGCCAGUGGCGUCCCGAGUCGCCCCAGCGCUCAAGCUCCGGCUCGGUAACAGCAGCUCCCGUGCCCAUUAACCUCCGCAAACUCAACCCCAGAUCUGACGAUAGCCCUACAUCGAGCAUCUCAGCCUUUGUCUGCAGACAGGGCUCUGCAAUGAUGUCUAGUCGCGAAGAUUCCAUGUCCAGUGUAUUUGGGGACUCGGAAUCCGUCACGACGGAAGACAUUCCGUUUGUCAGUAGUCGCAAGACGACCGGUGACUGGGAGGAAGGCGGGCUCGGCAUUGCGGAAUCCGACAUUCUCAACUCUCAAGACGCCCCGGCGCCGCCUCCCCUCCUCGUGACACAACAAUCGGCCCCCGGCCAGAUGGAGCAAGCGGUGCGUUCCCUGGACAAGUUCAAGUCGAAGCGCGAGGCGUCUGAGCGACGAAGCUCCGACGGCACCGACUCGGCCGACGACGAGGACGAGGAGGCGGUGCACAAGGACAAGCACCACGCACGACGCGGCAGCAAAGCCCUGUCGGGAAAGACUCCCCUCCCGAGCUCCAAGCUCGGCAUCGAGAUGAUGCGCGCCAACAGUCACGAUAGCAUGAUGGGAGCCUCCGACAGCACGCCCGAGACGGUGACGCAGGUGGCCACAACGCCAUCGCAAGAGGUGCCUCCCGACUUGCACAGCCCAGCAGCAGCAGGAGAGCAAGGCACCACCACGACACCGCCGACCGAGGGCGAGCCGACCGACGAGGUCGACGCCACCCCGCGGCCGCCGCCGACCGCUGUCCUCGAUGAUGACGAGCCGACGCCGCGUCCGAUUGGAAAGUAA